UGUGUGUGUGUGUGUGUGAUAGUGUGGAGGGACUGUGAUCGGAGCUUGCUCUAGUUAUUCUUGUAUACGAAAAGAGUCUAUAGCAGCCCAAGAAUCUGAUUUUAGGGUCUUCAUAUCCUGUUCACUGAACGAUGUCGUCGAGCAUACUGGUGACGGGUGGUGCUGGCUACAUUGGAAGUCACACGGUGCUUCAGUUGCUUCUGGGAGGUUACAAGGCCGUGGUGGUGGAUAAUUUGGACAAUUCUUCCGAGAUUGCCGUCAAGAGAGUCCAAGAACUUGCCGGUGAACAUGGUUCAAAUCUCACCUUUCACAAGAUUGAUCUUCGUGACAAACCGGCACUUGAGCAGCUUUUUGCUUCUGAGAAGUUUGAUGCCGUUAUCCAUUUUGCUGGAUUAAAAGCAGUUGGAGAAAGUGUGCAGAAACCCUUGAUGUACUAUGACAAUAACCUUAUUGGUACAAUUGUUUUACUGGAAGUCAUGGCUGCCCAUGGAUGUAAAAAGCUUGUAUUUUCAUCGUCAGCAACUGUUUAUGGUUGGCCGAAGGUGGUACCGUGCACAGAGGAAUCCCCCAUUAGUGCUAUGAAUCCUUAUGGACGGACAAAGCUUUUCAUUGAAGAGAUAUGCCGAGAUAUUUAUCAGUCUGACUCGACAUGGAAAAUAAUAUUGCUGAGGUACUUCAACCCAGUUGGUGCACAUCCUAGUGGCUAUAUUGGUGAAGAUCCUCGUGGAAUCCCAAACAAUCUCAUGCCGUUUGUGCAACAAGUAGCUGUCGGAAGGCGGCCUGCACUUACGGUCUUUGGAACUGACUAUGGAACAAAGGACGGAACCGGGGUACGUGAUUAUAUCCAUGUCGUGGAUUUAGCAGAUGGCCAUAUUGCUGCUGUAAACAAGCUUGCUGAUCCUUCUGUAGGGUGUGAGGUUUACAACCUGGGAACUGGGAAGGGAACAUCUGUACUGGAAAUGGUAGCAGCAUUUGAGAAAGCAUCUGGAAAGAAAAUUCCAUUGGUGACGGCUGGUCGACGACCUGGUGAUGCAGAGAUUGUAUACGCUUCAACAGAUAAAGCCGAGCGUGAAUUGAACUGGAAGGCGAAAUACGGAAUAGACGAGAUGUGCCGAGACCAGUGGAAUUGGGCCAGCAAGAACCCGUAUGGCUAUGAGUCACCGGAAUCGACUAACUAAGUUGGAGCUGCUCCAUGAUUGCCUUUGUACCAAAAAUCUUUGUAAGAGUUUGAUUCAGGCUGAGUUUUCCGGAUUGUAUGAGAAUGAGAGGUCUUUCCUGUCUGGGCUGUUAUCUAGAAUGAUUCAAGAACAUGAGUUGUUUUGAAGAACCUUAAUAAAUUCAAACACACUUGUGCUGUGUAAA